AUAUGCCAGGCUGGCAAGUGUUGAACGGUGGUGAACAUGGGAACUUCGGACGAGGUUGUCGAAAUCGAGAGUUUGGAGAAGAGUUUGUUGGAGGAGAAUGGAAGAGAUGAAGAAGAGGUGCUCUAUGCGGCGUCGUUUCGUGAGAUGGAAGGCAAUUUCGUCAAGUACCAGACGCUGCAGUGGGUACUUUACUCCGUUUUGCUGAUAUUGGCUUGGGGCAUUGGGCUUCUCAUGUUGCUUUAUCUCCCAGUUAGGAGGUUUAUUCUUAGAAAGGAUAUCCUUUCUAGAACCCUCUAUCUCACUCCAAAUGCCAUUGUAUACAAGGCUACGAGGCCGGUACCGUUUCCGUGUUUUGGAGUGUUGAAGAAAGAGAAGCAUGUUUUGUUGCAUUCUGUGGCAGAUGUUGUGGUUGAACAAGGAUACUUGCAAUCACUAUUUGGUGUCUAUUCUCUUAGAAUUGAAAAUGUUGGAGUUAGAAGGCCACCCAGUGAUGAUGUUAAAAUCCAGGGUGUUGCAAACCCAAAUGCUUUCAGGAAGGCUGUAAUGAUGCGUCUAUCAAACAUGAGAAAUGAGAUUUUGUCAAAGCAAGUUUCUACGCUAGAAGAUGUUCCACAUCUGAUGAUGUCGCAGUCAAAGUCAUUAAAACAUGAUUCUACUCCAUCCGGAGAGUUGCUACUACUGCAGAAACUAGAGGAAGUUGGAAGCUCUGUCAAGAGAAUACAGACUUUAUUUGAGGAGCAACAAUCUCAAACAACAGAAUCCAUAGAUUGAGGGUGUGUAAUGGUAAUAACAAUCAAUAUCUUCUAUGGCAACUCUGAUCCAAGUCCAACAAAUAUUACUGCUAGCAGUCCCUAAAAGUGCAUGUUGACACGUUCAGCAAUAUUGCUAGCUAUUCGUUUAAGUUAGUAUCCCGCUGCGUUCAUGUACGCCUUACAUUUCUGUUUGUAUAGAAAAAGUUGUAUACCUUGAUUGUCAUGCUGUUUGAACUAUCUAGCCAUGAAUCAUCUUCAUAUUUUUAAUGUAUACGAAGUAUUGAUUCAUUUUGCUUUAAUCCUUUUUAUUUUAAUUUUUUCUCGUGUAAUACAGAGGAUGGGAAUCUCUUUGGUAUAGUUACUUCUGGUUGUUUCCCUAGAGUUCUAUUGAAGAAAAAACUUUUUUAGUAC